CUUCACCAUCUUCUCAUCGCCAACCCAAUCAGUUUUACAAAUAAGGUGAAAUGAUUUUGACAAUUUUUAAAAAAUCUCAUCCCCUACGGAAACAACCCUAUAAUUUAUUUUACCAAAUAAAAAAAAAAAGGGGUUAAAAAACUGCCACUAUUUUCCUGGGUAACUCCAGAAUUUAUUGCUUAGAAAAACAGAAGCGAAACCAAAAGCAGUUCACUUUUCCAUUGUUUCUACCACCCAAUCCCCAUUAUUUACUUAUUAUUUAUUAAUUUUCAAUAAUUCUAAGCUCUCCAACUCCCAUUCUCCGUUCCAAAUUCCCCUUUCCCUUUCCCUUUCUCUUUUUUAUUUAUUUCUUCUGCCCUUUCUCUAACCGUUCGUUUCUUUCCUUUGUUUUUUUUGUAAUAAUCAAUCUUUCAACCUUUUGAGGCCAAUUCCAUCAGAUCCUAAAUGAUCGCUUCCCCUCUUUGAUUUCUUCCCCAUAAACGUUACAUUUUCAGGAUCCGGGCUCUUACUUUUGUUGGAAUUCAUUCCAUACUGCUUUCAGGGAGAUUCAUCGGAAUCGGUCAUAGAGAUCUAAAUCUCGCAGUUUUUGUUAAGAUUAUUAUUGUUUAAACAAGUUCAAAACUAGAUUCGCAUCUCUGGUGUUUUGUUUUCUUUUUUUACCUUGCUAUUUUCCGUCCCCUAAGUCCUUUCAGAGGCUUACUUCUCCAGGCAAAUUCUGAGUUGUGGGUACUCCUCAGAGAGCUAUAUAAAUCACAGUAAUUUAGAUUUUAUAUAGAAAAUGUUAGGAGGCAACAACAGUAAUUCUGUGCUUCCCAUUUUCCUGGAUGAGAAUCAUCUUCAAUAUCAGAAUCAGACUAAUGGAUCAAACCAACUGCAAUUAUUUGGAAGCUUGCCAGCUGGGUGCAAUGUUGAUCCUGUGAAUUAUUUUGGAAAUGAACAUCUGGCUCCCAUGAUUCGACCCAAUAAAAGAGGCAGAGAAACAGAAGACAUUCAAAGGCAGCAAAAGCUACAAAUUUCCUUGAAUUACAACAUCUGUAAAGAGGAAGCUGACUGUUCAGCUGGCAUUCCAAAUCCUAAUGCCGUGUCAACUGGCUUACGGCUAUCGUAUGAUGAUGAUGAGCGAAAUUCAACUGUGACUUCUAGUGGAAGCAUGACACAAGGACCAUCAAUGAUCUUGUCACUCGGUGACAACAUUAGAAGUGAACUUGAUCGUCAGAAAGAAGAGUUUGAUCAGUACAUCAAAAUUCAGGAAGAGCAUCUGACAAAGGGAAUAAGAGACAUGAAGCAGAGGCACAUGGCUUCUUUUCUUGCUGCUAUUGAGAAAGGCAUCAGCAAGAAGCUCAGGGAGAAAGAUAUGGAACUAGAGACUAUGAAUAACAAGAAUAGGGAACUGGUUGAGAGAAUAAAGCAGGUGACUGCAGAAGCACAUAAUUGGCAUUAUAGAGCAAAAUACAACGAGUCGGUUGUUAAUGUGUUGAAGAGCAACCUUCAGCAAGUAAUCUCACAAGGUGCUCAACACGGGAAAGAAGGUUUUGGAGAUAGUGAAGUUGAUGAUGCAGCCUCCUAUAUUGAUCCGAACAACUUUCUCAGUAUUCCUCUUGGGGCUGCAAAAUGUGUUUCCAAGGGCAUGAAGGAACACAUUAUUUGCAGAGCAUGCAACGCAAAGGAGGUGUCCAUUUUGUUGAUGCCAUGUAGGCACCUCUGCUUAUGUAAAGACUGUGAUUUAUCAAUCAAUGUUUGCCCUGUAUGCCAGGUAACGAAAACUGCUGGUGUCCAAGUGUACUUAUCCUAAACCUGUGAAGCAAAUUCUUGAAAAAAGAUGAAAAAUUUAUACCCUUACGUGUGUGUGUGAGAGACAUCCAGCAUUACCCCCCCCCCCCUUUUCUCCUAAUAGAGACAAUGUAUGAAAAGUAAACCAUUUUCAUGAAAUGGAGUAUGCAAAAGCAUCCUUUGUUCAGUC